AUGUGUUGGUGUAAUAGAACACACAGACGCAACGGUAACACUAAUAAAAGUUACCAAGACAGAAGUGCGGCGUACGGUACUAUUUGUUUGGAGGGAGGUUGGAGGCACUCAUACAAGCGAGGGAGAGGCUGUGUUGGCGCGGCUCGCCAGUUUACCGUUGCAAGGCGCGUAGUGCGGCCGGACGUUCGACCGUCACCCGCGCGCCGCCGGCACUUUGUAGCCCGGCCUCCGCUACCACCACCGCUCAUCGCCACCCUCACCACCCUGGACACUAACCAGGACUUUGUCAUCUCAAGCAUUGUGUACUCCAAGGGGUGUUAUGGACUGAUCACUACAAAUCUUGUUCUC